AUGGGAGUGAGGACGGGGGUGGAAGUCCCUGCCGAGACGCUGCCCACCGUGCCCUCCCGCACCUGGCCCUGCAACUUUCGUGACUUCAUGCGGCUGAGGGCGGCAGCCCAGAGCCCGCACCGCUCGGCUUGCUGCCUGCCAAUGCUGAGCCCCGUGAGCCUGCCAGCCAGCAUCUGGUUUGGCAUCACCAACUGCCUCGAUCUGACAUACACCGCCUUUGUGGUCGCCUUCUCGCUGGCAUUCAACACCACCCAAGGCUUCGAGGCGGGGUGGCUAGGCAUCACCGACAUCAUCGGCAGCAUCAUCUACAUGGCUGAUUUAUUUAUGGGAUUCCACAUGGGAGUGGUGGCAAGCUGGGAGGGCCGCGCGGUCAUUGUGCAAGGCGAGUGGCAGGGGUGCUGGGGGCACGCGCGCGUGGCAAUGGAGUUUUACACCAAGCACGGCACCUUUUGGGCGGACCUGGUCGCCACGUUGCCCCUGUUUGCCCAAAUCGGCAUUGCCGCAGCCGGAAACGACACCUCGGCCGUGCGCAUCAUUUACAUGCUCAGGCUGCUGCGGUUGAUCAGGGUGGCGCGCCUGCUGUCGGGCCUGUCGCGCAGCUCGGUGGGCGGGCCGCUGCAGUUUGUGGCGGCGGCGCUGACGACGCGCACCCUGCUGCUCAUCCACGCCCUCUUCACCCUCUGCGUGCUGGUCAACCUGCUGGGCUGCAUUUGGUGGAACGUGGCGGAGACUGAGGGGCUGGAGAACUCGUGGGCUGCCGCCAUCACCAAGGAUUACGACUUGCUCACCGCCACCGACGCCCAGCGCUGGCUCGUCUCCUGCUACUUCGCCCUGACCACCAUGGUCACGAUAGGCUACGGCGACAUCACUCCGGUCACAAUCAGGGAGACCGGCGUCACCAUCUUCUUUGAGGUGGUGGGAGUCGCCUUCUUCGGCUACCUCCUGAAUGUGGUCACCACCCUGAUCACCUCAACCGGCCCCGCCGCCAAGCGCGCCGAGGCGGUGCGGCAGAAGCUGGAGGAUGUGGAGGAUGCCAUGGCCCACGCGAAGCUGUCCCGCCAGCUUCAGCGCCACAUCCGCCACUACUUUACCACCAGCUGGGGCCCGCCGCCAAGCUUCAGGACACGCCAGGAGCUGUUCCGUGAGCUGCCCGAUGACCUGCGCGACCGAAUGAUGGCACAGAAUGCCCGGCCUCUGCUGGAGGAGGUCGGCUUCUUUCCACCCGGCAUGCACCACAAGCAGAUGAGGGAGGGCUGCGCCCUGGUGGGCUCUGCCGCCUCCCCCACGGUGCUCCUUACGGGGCAGCCGCUGGCGGCGGCGUCACCUGAGGUGGAGGGCGCAGGCGACGGCGCCGCAGCUGCAGCUGCUGGCGCUCCUUGCCUCUUCCUCCUCAUUGAAGGCCGCAUGAGCAUGGCAGCCCAGGCCGACGGAACUGGCGGCAUAUUUGUGGCUCCUGCUGUGCUGGGGCUGGCGGAGCUGUUUGCGGCAGACCCCGCCAUGCAGCCCGCCGUGGCCGACGGCAGCCUGCCCAGCUGGCACCAGGCGGGCGCUGUGGCGCUGACCACCUGCAACCUGGUUCGCCUGGACUGCAGCCAGCUGUACCCGCUGCUGCGCAGCCAGCAGCCCGCCCUGCUGCUGCACCUUGCUGGCAAGGUGCUGGGCUGGCUGGAGGGCGGUGCCCGCGGCACGCCUGGCACCAGCUUCAAGCAGGCACCAGCACCGGGGCCGCAGCAAGAUGGGCAGCAGCAUGAGGGCGGCGCGGCUCGUGAGCUGCUGCGCCAGCUGGUGGCAGCGCUGACGGCACAGGUGCAGGCGGAGGCCAAGCCGGCGGGCAGCGGCAAGAGCCUGCAGCACCACGGCGGUGUGUCGCACCUCAGCACCAUUGCUUCCCAGCAAAGCAGCAUGCAGCUGGAUGGCAGGGAUGGGGAGCUGGCAGGGUUUGGCGAGGGGCCCCUGCUGCAGGCCAACCCUGUGGGCCUGGUGUGGCACAGCGAGUGA